AUGAUUACUGGAAUGCGACAGCUGAAGUCUACGGAUAAUGCUAUCAUCCCUUCUGUUGACAGCGGACCACUCUACGACUGUCGUGUUGCGGGGACUUCCUUACACAUUGGCUCGUUUGACACUAUCCAGAAAUUCCAUCGGCAUUUACGAAUGGGCAUGGAGUUUGAUCCUAGGCUUGACCCCGAUGUCAAGGAGCUUAUCAACUAA